AUGAAGACCACCUGGAAGGAUAUCCAGCCGGUGCCAACGCAUCAGGAGUUUCUCGAUAUUGUCCUGAGUCGAACCCAGAGACGGCUGCCAACACAGAUUCGUGCUGGAUUCAAGAUUAGUCGUAUCAGAGCGUUCUAUACACGAAAGGUCAAAUUCACCUCUGAGACUUUCUGUGAGAAGUUUUCAGCAAUUCUCGAAGGAUUCCCAAGACUACAGGAUGUCCAUCCAUUCCAUAAGGAUCUUUUGAACACCUUGUACGAUGCCGACCAUUUCAGAAUUGCACUCGGCCAACUGUCGACUGCCAAACGCCUUGUUGAGACCGUUUCCCGUGAUUAUGUUCGCCUUCUCAAAUAUGCACAGUCUCUUUUCCAGUGCAAGCAGUUGAAAAGAGCCGCUCUUGGUCGUAUGGCGACUAUCUGCAAGCGUUUGAAGGAUCCGCUGCUCUAUCUUGAGCAAGUUCGUCAGCAUCUAGGUCGUCUUCCCGCAAUUGAUCCCAAUACUCGAACUCUUCUUAUUUGCGGAUAUCCAAACGUUGGUAAAUCUAGCUUCUUGAGAAGUGUCACGAAAGCGGAUGUAGAUGUUCAGCCAUAUGCUUUCACCACUAAAAGCUUGUUUGUUGGACAUUUCGACUACAAAUAUCUUCGUUUCCAGGCCAUCGACACCCCGGGAAUUCUCGACCAUCCUCUUGAAGAAAUGAACACCAUCGAAAUGCAGUCGAUCACAGCUAUUGCCCACUUGAGGUCUGCCAUUUUGUACUUUAUGGAUCUUUCGGAACAGUGCGGAUACUCGGUUAUGGAUCAGCUUAAGCUUUUUAACAGCAUCAAGCCGCUUUUCUCCAACAAGCUUGUUUUCAUCGUCAUCAACAAGAUCGACGUUAUGCGCCCCGAAGAUCUUGAUCCAGAGACUCAGGAACAACUACAGGCCGUUCUGAAGUCAGCCGGCGUGGAGAUGUUGCAACUUUCAUGCGCUACGACGGAGGGAGUCACUGCUGUGAAAAAUGCGGCUUGCGACAGGCUUAUCGCAGAAAGAGUUGCUCAGAAGCUGAACACUGGAGCGAACAGCUCAGGAACGCCAUCAGGACGAUUGGGCGAUGUCCUGGCUCGUAUUCACGUCGCUCAACCCAUUGGUGGUGUUCGGGAGUCCUUCAUCCCUGACGCCGUCAAAGACCUCAAGAAAUAUGAUAAAAGUGAUCCGAACAGACGCAAACUUGCCAGAGAUAUUGAAGAAGAGAACGGCGGUGCUGGCGUUUAUAGCGCUAAUGUGAAGGAUAGCUACCUUCUCGCUGACGAUGAGUGGAAGAACGAUAAAAUGCCUGAAUUAUGGGAAGGAAAGAACAUCUAUGACUAUGUUGAUCCCGAUAUUGAAGAGAAACUGGCACAGUUGGAAGAAGAAGAGGAGAAGCUAGAAGCAGAGGGAUACUACGACUCUGAUGAAUCUGUGGAAGAUGCCGACGAGGCUGAAAUUCGCAUGAAAGCAGACCUGAUUAGAGACAAACGGGCCCUGAUAAUGAACGAGUCGAAGAUGAGGAAAUCCCUCAAGAACCGCGCACUUAUUCCGCGAAGCUCACGAAGCAAGAAGCUAUCGGACAUGGAGAAGCAUCUCGACUCGAUCGGAUAUGACGCAACUUCUUCCUCUGCGCGAGCCAAGACCCAAGCACAACCUCGUGGCCGCAGCACCACCAGGGACGAGCCGGAUGCCAUGGACGUCGAUACCCCAGAGUCACAACAUGAUGCACUCCGACGAGCUGUCAGCCGUGCACGAAGCCAGGCAGCUACCAAUCGCCGUGUGGACGGUGUUACUAGCUUGACACGAAGGUCUGAUGCAGAAAAACUCAUGAAGCUCGGCCAGAAGAAAAUGAACCGUAUGGCCAGACAGGGAGAGGCAGACAGACACACCCCUGCUUCUCUGCCAAAGCAUUUGUUUACUGGCAAGCGUUCCAUCGGCAAGACCCAGCGACGUUAA